AUGGCGCCGCCUCUGGGCAGUGCCUCAAGCAGCUCCGGAGCCGGUGUCUUCACCCCCUCGUCUUCCUCCAACAGUCACGCAUCGGCCGCUGGCUCAAACAACAGUAACGCAUCAUCGGGCCAAUCCCGUAAGCCUUCAUACCUGAUGGCAUCAUACGUAGCCCAGCCUGCAACCGAAGAUGGCUCGCCGUACGGACGGCUUGUUGGUCAGCCACGAGGCGAAGCCGACCGCGUCGAGUUCUACACGGCCCGUGCUCAACAAACCGUGGACAAGCUUGGCCGGCGGAUCUCGAAAGCCCGAUAG